AUGGCAAAAAUAUCUCCGCUAAAUCAGUUACAACAAACUUUAGUUCAAAUCAUAGAUACAGCAGCUUUAUCUGACCAAAUGACUUCAUUUGCAUAUGAUUGUUUGUCUUCAAUCACUCGAUAUGUAACAACCGGUAAAUGGGAAAACAUCCACAAUCAAGAUUAUUUUGAUGGAAAGAAAGACCCACAAAAUAUUUAUCAAUCUAUGCCAAAAUCAGACGAAAUAUACAGAGUUGGCCAAAGAUUAAAAGGCUUUACUCCGAAAUACUCAUUUGCAUGGAAAGAACUGACAAAGCAAUUUGGUGUAGAAAUCAAACACCAGGUUCUUAAAGAUAUUGCAAUUGAAGUAGCAAGUCGUCUUCAAAUUCCGUUAGAUAGAGAUGCGAAACGUAGGAAAUCUGUACUUAUAAAGUGGUUUGACGAUAAUUGGGAAGCGAUUGGUACAAUUAUUACUGAAUAUACUGUUAUGAAUGAUCAAAUAUAUCAUAACAUAGCUGCAACUCAAAAUGCAGAGGCCAAAUAA